CCGAGCUCCUGGAGCCGCUGCCGGCGGAGAGCCUGGUGGGGGCCGGCCCUGUCGUGGAGCGGAUGAUGGAGCCGUGCCCCUCCGCGAGGACAACAUUCACAACUGAAGCAGUAACUCCACAGACUUGAGCCAUCACCUUCAGUGGAACCUCACAGGCCCUGGUCAAGAAGGAUCAUCCCCUCAGUGAUGAAGACACAGAUCUUCAAAGAUGGAUGUCUAAAGUUAGAGCUGUGACAUGCAGAAUAGAGAAACCCUCAGGGGGUUGCAGAAGAUGGAUGACCGCCCAGAAGAGCGUAUGAUCAGGGAGAAACUCAAGGCAAUGUGCAUGCCAGCCUGGAAACAUGAAUGGCUGGAAAGAAGAAGCAGGAGAGGCCCUGUGGUGGUGAAACCUAUCCCUGGGAAAGGAGAUGGAUCGGAAAUGAACAAACUCUCUCUAGAGCUUCAGGCUGAAGGACGAAGCGCUGCUUCUUCACCUACACAGAAAGGAAGAUGUAGUCCUUCUCCUAGUAGCUCUUCUUCAUCAUCCUCUAGGACACUUAAGUCUGAAUCACCAGGUGUUAGAAGAAAAAGGGUAUCUCCGGUGCCUUUUCAGAGUGGACGAAUAACACCACCUCGACGAGCCCCAUCUCCAGACGGCUCCACUCCGUACAGCCCUGAGGAAACAAAUCGUCGUGUUAACAAAGUUCUGCGAGCCAGGCUGUACCUGCUGCAGCAGAUAGGACCCAACUCUUUCUUAAUUGGAGGAGACAGCCCUGAUAAUAAAUACAGAGUGUUUAUUGGGCCUCAGACUUGUAGCUGUGGUCGUGGGACAUUUUGUAUUCAUCUGCUGUUUGUUAUGUUGCGGGUCUUCCAGCUUGACACCUCAGACCCAAUGCUCUGGAGAAAGACACUGAAGAACUUUGAGGUUGAGAGUUUGUUCCAGAAAUAUCACAGUAGGCGUAGCUCGAGGAUCAAAGCUCCAUCUCGUAACACCAUCCAGAAGUUUGUCUCACGCAUGUCAAAUUCUCAUACAUUAUCGUCUAGUACUUCUGCAUCUAAUUCAGAAAACAGUAUGAAGGAUGAUGAAGAACAGAUGUGCCCCAUUUGUUUGUUAGGCAUGCUGGAUGAAGAAAGCCUAACUGUGUGUGAAGAUGGCUGCAGGAACAAAUUACACCACCACUGCAUGUCAAUAUGGGCAGAAGAAUGCAGAAGAAACAGAGAGCCACUUAUAUGUCCUCUUUGUAGAUCUAAGUGGAGAAUUCAUGAUUUCUAUAGUCAUGAAUUGCCAAGCCCUGUGGAUUCUUCUUCUGUUCUCUGUGUGGUUCAUCAACAAAUUCAGCAGCAAUCUACAGUUGGAUCACAGAGAAGAACCCAAGAUAGCAAUUUUAACCUUAUUCAUUAUGGGGUCCAGCAGAUCCCUUCUGCCUAUAAAGAUUUAGCUGACCCAUGGAUUCAGGUAUUUGGAAUGGAGUUAGUUAGCUGCUUGUUUUCUCAAAACUGGAAUAUACGAGAGAUGGCACUUAGACGUCUUUCCCAUGAUGUUAGUGGUGCUCUAUUACUGGCUAAUGGUGAAAGCACUGGAAAUUCUGGAAGUAGCAAUGGAAACAACACAAGUGCUGGAGCCUUGGGAGCAGUUAGUGGGUCAUCUCAAACAAGUAUCUCAGGAGAUGUGGUGGUAGAAUCCUGCUGCAGUGUAUUGUCCAUGGUCUGUGCUGACCCUGUCUACAAAGUGUAUGUUGCUGCUUUAAAAACCUUAAGAGCCAUGCUGGUAUAUACACCUUGUCAUACUUUAGCAGAGAGGACUAAACUACAGCGACUUCUCAAGCCAGUUGUUGAGACAAUAUUAGUUAAAUGUGCAGAUGCCAACAGCCGAACAAGUCAACUUUCAGUCUCAACGCUACUGGAGAUGUGUAAAGGCCAAGCGGGAGAGCUGGCAGUUGGGAGAGAAAUACUUAAAUCUGGGUCUAUUGGUAUUGGUGGUGUUGAUUAUGUCUUAAACUGUAUUCUUGGAACCCAAACUGAGUCUAGCAACUGGCAAGCACUACUGGGGCGACUUUGUCUAAUAGACAGACUUCUGUUGGAAUUUCCUGGUGAAUUUUAUCCCCACAUUGUCUGUGGAGGUGUUUUGCAGGCUGAUCCUAUAGUAGACAGGUAUAAGAAACUUCUCUCCCUCUUAAAUUUUGCUUUGCAGUCAAUUGACAAUUCCCACUCAAUGGUUGGAAAACUAUCACGGAGAGUAUUUUUGAGUGCAGCAAGAAUGGUGGCAAGAGUGCCCCGUGUUUUUGUAAAGCUGUUGGAAAUGUUGAGUGUGACAAGCUCAACUCAUUACACAAGGAUGUGUCGACGUCUGAUGGCAAUAGCAGAUGAAAUGGAAAUUGCAGAUGCCAUCCAGCUAGGCAUGGAAGAAAUGGGCUCUGGGGAAUGUCGACGUGAAGACUUUUUGCAGCUAUCUGUACCAGAUAACUUUCCAGAAGCUACAGAAAGUAAUACUCCUAACAGUACUGUCCAGUUAUCAAGGAAAAGCGAGAAAAGUUUAAGUGAUAAAAAUCUGAGUGCAAGUCCAGAGGAUACUUCUGAGACGCUGGCUGGCUUUGCUGUGGGACCUCCCGUUUCAUCAGUAACCACUGAGCAACCAAAGCCAGAUAUUCAAACAAAAGGAAAACCCCCCAGUCAGUGUUUGAACUCUUCUCCCUUAUCCAGUCAUUCUCAGUCACUAUUCCCAAUGCUUUUGUCUCCUUCAAACCCAUCUGUACUAGCCGGCACUGUAACAGAUAUCUCUAAACUCAGACCUCAGGGAUUUGUUCCCUGCAAAAUCCCCUCACCUUCUCCUCAAAUGCAGCAGAAACUUUCUCCCCAGUUUCAGAGAAACUGUUCUGAAAAUAAAGAACCAGAGAAACUUUCUCCAGUUUUUACCCAAGCCAGGCCAUUGCCAUCCAGUCACAUACACAGGCCAAAGCCAUCACGACCUACCCCAAGUGAUAUGAACAAGCAGGGAGAAACCUCAAAAAACAGUGUGACACGUAACCCAAAUGAUAUUUUGCAGUGUGUUGGCAAUUGUAGUAGCAGUGUGGUUAUACCAAGUGAAGAGACAAUGUUCACACCAGUAGAUGAGAAAUGUCAGCUGGACAUUAAUGCAGAGCUCAAUUCCAGUAUUGAGGACCUGCUCGAGGCCUCCAUGCUAACAAAUGAUGGCACAGUUACGUUCAAGUCUGAAGUUGCAGUCCUUUCUCCUGAGCAGGCAGAAAAUGAUGAUACUUACAAAGAUGAUGUAAAUCAUAAUCAAAAAUGCAAGGAAAAGAUGGAAGCUGAAGAAGAGGAAGCUUUAGCUAUUGCCAUGGCAAUGUCAGCAUCUCAAGAUGCCCUGCCAAUAAUUCCCCAACUACAGGUUGAAAAUGGUGAAGAUAUCAUAAUCAUUCAGCAGGAUACACCAGAAACCCUGCCUGGACAUACCAAAGCAAAACAUAAUUACAGAGAAGAUACAGAAUGGCUUAAAGGUCAGCAAAUUGGUCUUGGAGCUUUCUCUUCCUGUUACCAAGCUCAAGAUGUAGGAACAGGGACAUUAAUGGCUGUAAAACAGGUGACGUAUGUCAGGAACACAUCAUCUGAGCAAGAAGAGGUAGUUGAAGCACUGAGAGAAGAAAUAAGGAUGAUGAGUCAUCUGAACCAUCCUAACAUUAUUCGAAUGUUGGGUGCUACAUGUGAGAAGAGUAACUAUAACCUCUUUAUUGAAUGGAUGGCAGGAGGUUCAGUUGCUCAUUUGUUAAGUAAAUAUGGAGCCUUCAAAGAAUCUGUUAUUAUUAAUUACACAGAUCAACUGUUACAUGGCCUUUCUUACCUUCAUGAGAAUCAGAUAAUCCAUAGAGAUGUUAAAGGUGCCAAUUUGCUAAUUGACAGCACAGGUCAUAGAUUAAGAAUUGCUGAUUUUGGAGCUGCAGCCAGAUUGGCAUCAAAAGGAACUGGUGCUGGGGAGUUUCAGGGACAGUUGUUGGGAACUAUUGCAUUUAUGGCACCAGAGGUUCUGAGAGGUCAGCAAUAUGGUAGGAGCUGUGAUGUGUGGAGCGUUGGCUGCGUUGUUAUAGAAAUGGCUUGUGCUAAACCUCCCUGGAAUGCAGAGAAACAUUCCAAUCAUCUUGCUCUGAUAUUUAAGAUUGCUAGUGCAACUACUGCUCCUUCAAUCCCUUCACAUCUGUCUCCUGGUUUGAGAGACGUGACCCUUCGGUGUUUAGAACUUCAACCUCAGGACAGACCCCCAUCAAGGGAGCUGCUGAAACAUCCAGUCUUCCGUACUACAUGGUAGCUACGUAUGUGUAAGGCUGAUAUACUGAAGAAGAUGCUACUGAAUAUAUAACUGUCUUGCAGUGUAGUUAAGCACAGCAGCUUGUAUUAUUCUGCUGGCCUUAAUAAUAGAUGCAUCAAGGCCAGUGGAGGACCCUACUUAAGUAUGUGAUUGACAAAUCAAGAUCUUUACCUAAGCUUAGUAUGCAGCAUUUCACAACUUGUGCAGAGACCUGUAAACUGUGCCUUUUCAAACAUUUGGCUCUGUGUGAACACAAAACCAUUUUUCCUGAAAUCUGCAUGAUUAUUCAGCAGAUAAGUGAUUAUUUUAUUUGGAGCACUUUUUCAGCAAUAUUAGCAGCUGAGGGGCUCAGGAUCUAUUUUAAUAUAGCAAUCAUUGUAUAAUUAAGAGAGACAGAUACAGAACUUCCUUUUAACCAGUGCUGAAAACAGACUAAUUGCAGAACCCUCUGCUUACAUAUACAUGAUGUGAAAUGGAACAAAGUUCUCUGAGUAACAAAUCCAAACAUUGAUAAAUACUUUAAAAAGAACAUUUUACCUUACUUAAAGUAAGAGCAGGCAGUUGUGGUUCACUGUGCAUUUACUGCUGGUCAUGUAAUUUCUUUUGAAAUUAAAGUUUGUUUUCAUUGUAUUCUUAACUUUCAGGGAAAGGUGAUCUUUUAAAAUAGUCUUUAGAAAAAGAUGCAAACUGUGUCAUGGAACAUCUUGCUGAUGCAAGAGUUCUUAAAACAGAUUUGCUGGAAAUCUGGAAUAAAAUAAAAUGCCACCUUCAAGUUAGUGUUUCAGCCUCUGAUAGUAUAAGUUAUUAAAAAAAUAUUUUGCAUAAAACAGCUUAAUCUGAAUUGUGCUAAAAGUUGAGCCUUUUCAUAUAGCAAUUCCCUCUGACAAAUCAUGUAGAGCGGUUUUAUGUCAAAGGCCCCAAACCCAGCUCCCAUUAAAGUUUAUGGAAGACUGUCCUGUACUUCAGUGGGAGCAGGUGCCACCUAUGAGCAAAUGUCAUUCUUUAUGUAACAAAAAUGAGGUCAUAUUCUCCAUUGAUUAUAAUUUUUACUUGCUGUUUUCCUUCUGCUGUACAUCAUCUAUUUAGUGUAGCCAUUACUGAUAAUUUAAAAUGGUAAAAAUAUUACCAUAAGAAAGGUAUUUAUUUUAACAAGAAACAAACUUGGACUUGAAAAAUAAGGUUAAGUAAAAUGUGAAGUAAAGCUUCACCUGUAGUGCAAAACUUGUGAUUUUAGCAGGUGUGCUUUAAAAUUUAUUUUAAAGGCAGGUUUUUAGAUUCUGAUGCAUGUAAUGCCGAAGGAAAAUGACAGCUUUUCUUUUGACUUUUUAAGAGGGGGGAUCUUUUUAAAUCAAAUACUCAUUGUGUUUAAUCAAUUAAAAAAAAAAAAAUACUGUUCAUGUUUUAACUCUUCAGAAGCCAGUUGAAUCGUUGGACUGAAAUAGAAUUGGUUAUUUUCAAAGACUCAGGACAAAAUAAACUAUAGUACAUUAAAAAUGUACAAUACAAAUUGGAAGUAAAAUAUCUUAAAGAUAAGUUUACAGGGAUAAUAGAGCUCAUACUAAUAAAAAGCAGUGUCAUUAGUUGUGAAUGUGUUUCUUUUGGAAAUUUUACAUUCCUUUGUUUUGAAAGAUUGGCAGACUUUGAAGAGUUAAAAAGAUAAUACUGAAAUGUGAAGUUUGGUAGUUCUGGUUUGUACUUUUUUUUUUUUACCACUUUAGAGUUUGUCAUUCUAAUAAGAUUGUUUCCAUGUCUUUCUUAUGUGCAAGCUUUAAAGAAUGCCCUCUUGCCAAUUCAUGUACUGGAAGAUCAGUUGUCAGGUUAAUACUGUUUUUGGCAGAAAUGUAAACUGCAUAAACUGAUGAACCUCAGCUAAUCAGUAUUACUUUGUAGAUCACCGCAUUUCAAACUCAAACUGCUUCUAGGUGUCCAAAUGUAUUUGUUUGCAUUUCCCUCAGCUUGCUGGUAAUUGUGGUGUUUUUAAAAUGCAGAUGUGAUGCAAUAUUCUUAUUUUCUUUGGAUCAAAGCUGGACUGAAAAUUGUAUUAUGUGCUGAUUUUUUUUUUUUGUGUGUGUGUUCUUAAUGUUAAUUGGUACUUAAGUUGUAAAUAACGUCUACUGCUGUUUAUUCCAGUUUCUACUACCUCAGGUGUCCUAUAGAGUUUCUUCUACCAAAGUUCACUUUCACAAUGAAAUGAUAUUUGCUAUGUGACAGAUUCCUAAGACUUCCAGGGCUUAAGGGCUAACUUCUAUUAGCACCUUACUGUGCAAGCAAAUUUUACAGAAAUCUCUGGGUUAAUAAAUUUGGCUUCGUUGUAUCCUUUUAUUUUAAAUAUAUCAAGAUAUUUUAAGUUUUUACCUGAUUGAACCAAUUUUAUAUAGUAUAAUUUGUACCUAUUUUGGUGUCUUUCCUUUAUGGUAAAUAAAAGGUUUUGAACAAA